AAGGCACAAGUUCUGGCAUCCAUGGCAACACGGACAGUGUACAGUGUUGGGGUGAAGUUGCUUAAGUGUGAUGGGGAGCUUGUCAGUGGCAGCUGCUCAUGUGUUGCUGGGAAAGGUGGUGUCUGCAAACAUGUUUGCUGCGUUUUGUACGGGCUGAUGCACAUUGCGCAACAUGAUCUCACUGAAGUACCAAAUGCCAUUGCAUGCACUGAAGGUGAACGGCAGUGGUACAACCCGCGGGAUCCAAAAAAAGUGACUGAGCAAUUUCAACAGAUUGUAUUCUCCAAGGACACCACUGAAAAAAUCAGUGAUGCACCAAGGCUUCACAAAAAACGAGCAGCCUACUCAUGCUUGAGAACACAAGACUCGAAUCUGUCAACACUGAGCCUCAUAAACUUGCAUGGAAACUUCAAAGAAUGUGGGCUCGAUUGCUUCGCAGACGUACUUGAAGCAAAUGACUUUCUUCCCGAAAAACAAAGAAAAGUUGAGAGCCCCGCUACCGAAGAUGUGGCUGGGCUACCUUUAAGGUGGCUGGAGCGAGCCAAACAGGGGAAUGCUUUGCUGUCAUACACAGACGAAGAAGUUACAGCCAUAGAGGCAGCCACACGACUGCAAAGUGCUUGCCUCCUUUGGCAUAUGUAUAGGGAGGGUCUGAUCACUGCAUCUGUAGCGCAUAGAGUUUACACAUGGGUCAGGACGUGCCAAACCAAAAUGGGGCCGCAUGAUCCCCGACGUCUCAUCGCAGCAGUGGUUGGAAAAAAGAAAGGCAGGGCAACAUUUACCAUGAAGAGAGGCCUGCUGUGUGAGCCUGAAGCCAGGAAAGCCUUUCAGGACAAAAAUGACAGCCACGUGGAGCUUGAGGUGACUGAAACUGGCCUCUUCCUCUCUGGUCAUCACGCUUUUCUAGGUGCAAGCCCAGAUGGGCUCGUGAAGUGUAAAUGUUGCGCACCACGGCUGCUUGAGAUCAAAGUGCCCCUAAAAAUUCAAGAUUUUGCCAAAAGGCAGUUGCGUGCUGGGGAACUAAAAAAAAGUAGUGGCUAUUAUACUCAGGUGCAAGUGCAGAUGGGUGUGACUGGUCUGAACACCUGCGUGCUGUUUGUUUACAGCAAGGAAGAGUGCCGACAAAUCUCCGUGCCAUUUGACCAGAGUUUCUUCAAGGAAUUCAUAGAACGUUGCAAAUUUUUUUACUUCCAGCUACUUGCUUCCCUACAUUUCCAGUAACUGGUAAAGUAAAGCUAGAAAAUGUUUUCAAGCUUGUGCGUGUGUUCUGUCAUACCAUAAAUACUUCAAGCCAGUAGAAGUAGCCCACCAGAGUUUUGCUUCUGUGCCUGUAAAUUGCCUUUUCUACAACAAAGAUGUUUAUGUAUGAGGUUUGUGCAUUUUUGUUCUGCGUUAACAAGAACAGUCUACCCUCUUUCUUUGUACAUCAUUCAC